AGCGAAGCGUUUGACACCUAGUGGUUUCAACGCUUUCGUGCAUCCAAUUUUGAAAACUAAAAUUUACUUCCAACCUCGAAGCGUGCGGCGAUUGCUCGGAAACUAAUUAUGACGUCAAACGGUUCGAACAUCUUAAUUAAGCCAUUUGUAGUGUUAAUUGAAGACUAAUUAGAAGAAGCGAGAGGUAUUCAUUUGAAGAUGUUUGGUACAAGAGCGCAAGGAAAAGUGUACAAUUUUGUCCAUGCAGAUGAAAUUUGGAAGGAUCAUGUUAUACGUGAAUUGCAGUCGCAAAAGAAAUGGACCGAACAAUGGGGAUAUUUGUUUGAAGAAUAUCAAAAGCUUCAAGAAAAUUUGCUAAACAUUGGCAGUGAACUUGAAGAGGAGUUGGAAAUGAAACAAGCGCUUGAACUGGCACAAAAUUUAGAGCAGAAUUUGGAGUGCAGUGAUCUGAAACUCGAGGAGGUUGAAGGCAUCCCGCUUGUAGCCAGACAAGGUCUCGCGGAUUGCACGGUCAGAAAAGAUAUAUCGAGUCAUAUUGCAAGAUUGCAAGAAAAUGCCAAAGGAAAGAACGAUAUUUUAAAAAUGUUACAAUGGCCUCGCGAAGGUGUGAUUUAAGUUCGUUUGAAGAAGGGUAGUGUUUUUGGAACAUACUACAAGACGGAGAUAAUU